UUGAGCUUGCUGUCAAUCUUGCCAAAAACGGAAACCUUCCUGGUGCUGAGAAUUUGGUACGAGUGUGCAUGGUCACGCGAUUUUGAAGCUGAGGUACGAAUCGUUUUCUUUAAGAAAUGUUCUGAUAGGUUGUCUGAUAUGCUUCGGACUGCUCGAGAAAGUAAAAAGAGGCCAAGUUGGAUUCUUGAUGAUUUAUGGGUUAAACUUCUUGAAUAUUGGAACUCUUCGGAAUUUGAGAAGAAGAGCGAACAGGGAAGGGCAGCCCGUUUGUCCAACAAGGGUGGCUCGGUGCAUACAGGCGGCUCAAUUAGUAUGGCGGCUCAUCAAAGAAGAUUGGAAAAGGCUAAAGGAAAACCAGUUACUCAUGAUGAGGUGUUUGAGGAAAUCCACAUGAAGAAGUUGAAGGAUGGAACAAAAACGACUUGGAUUGAGCUGCGCGCUGAGACAACCCAUGAUAAUUUCAAACGAAUCUUGGAGGAGUUCAUUCAAAGCCAGUCGAUUGAUGAUCAAGGUAGGCCAAUCCAACCAACCCAAGAGGAGAUCAUGGACAUGUGGAUUAAGGUAGCUGGUGGCGUGCAUAAGGGGAGAGUCUACGGCCUUGGAUCAGAGUUUAGUCUCGGCCGUCGUACUUCUGGAUUGUCUGGUUCUUAUUCUUCGUCACAUUGCUCGGUUGAUCUGAAUGAGUUUGAGCAAUUGAAUAGGAAGGUAGCGAAGAUUACAGAGUUGUAUCUUCAAGAAACGGCUGCAAGGGAAGAAGAGGCAAAGUGAAGGGAGAAAGAAGAUAGGCGAAGAGAGGAAGAGGAAAGGUGAAGGGAGGAAGAAAUGAGGCGAAAGGACGAUGCAUUAAGACUUGUCACUAGUGAUGUUAAAAGUUUUAAGUCUCAGAUAAACUCCCUCUUAGCAUCUGGUGCAUUUCCCGUGCCUCGUUCUCCAGCAGCAUCUGAUGAUAACUAAAGAGUAGUUUCUUUUAUUAGUUUGUCUUAAAUGGUACUUGGAUGUUGAAUUUGAAUGCUGGAUUUUUUGAGUUUUUGUUC